GUCAAGUCCAGAAUAUCUAGGCCAAAGCCUAUAAACCUGCAGCCACAUCAAAUCUGCGAGUACAAGACUACUAUCCCUACCAAAGUCAUAACAGUAGCAUACAGUGGCCUGCAUCAUCAUUAUUAUAGCAACUACAAGUCCAAGCAAGCCUGAGAUGUUCCCUGUGUCCCGGUCACCUUUGUGGAAGUUGGCUAAUUAGUUUUGCUAUGCACCAAGCUAGAUGGUAAAUAAAGGGAGCAGGAUGAAAAGAUGGCGCAGCCAAAGCUUGUACCACCUGGACCCGAAAGCUUCCAAUAUUUCACCAGGGAAUCUCUUAAAGCCAUUGAAAAACGUAUUGCAGGGGAAAAGAACGCAAAGAAUGGAAGGCAAGAAAGUGAACAAUGGAUUCCAAAACCAAAUAGUGACUUGGAAGCUGGUAAAAAACUACCAUUUAUUUAUGGGGACAUCCCACCUGGAAUGGUAUCAGAACCCCUGGAGGAUCUCGACCCAUACUAUGCUAACCAGAAAACCUUUAUAGUAUUGAAUAGAGGGAAGGCAAUCUCCCGCUUCAGUGCCACGUCUGCCUUGUACAUUCUGACACCUUUCAACCCAAUCCGUAAAGCAGCUAUAAAGAUUUUGGUUCACUCAUUAUUUAGCAUGUUCAUCAUGUGCACCAUCCUCACCAACUGCGUGUUCAUGACCAUGAGUAACCCCCCGGAGUGGGCCAAGAAUGUAGAAUACAUGUUCACUGGGAUUUACACAUUAGAAUCAUUGAUCAAAAUUCUUGCAAGGGGCUUCUGUUUAGAUAAAUUUACUUUUCUCCGUGAUCCCUGGAACUGGCUUGACUUCAGCGUCAUCUUGCUGGCGUACAUAACAGAAUUUGUAAACCUAGGCAAUGUUUCAGCUCUUCGAACUUUCAGAGUAUUAAGAGCUUUGAAAACUAUUUCUGUAAUCCCAGGCUUGAAGACCAUUGUGGGGGCCCUGAUCCAAUCGGUUAAGAAGCUUUCGGAUGUGAUGAUCCUCACAGUGUUUUGUCUGAGUGUGUUUGCACUAAUAGGACUUCAGCUAUUCAUGGGACACCUAAGGAAUAAAUGUGUGUACCUCCCGAAUGGUUUACCUGAAAAUAUAAGCAUUGAAGAAUAUGUCAAGAAUGAAAGUGUUGUUUAUAAGGAGAGAGGUCAGAAGGAUCCUUUGCUUUGUGGCAAUAGCUCAGAUUCCGGUCAGUGCCCAGAUUCUUAUUUGUGCAAGAAGGUUGGAAGGAACCCUGACUAUGGAUAUACAAGCUUUGACAGUUUUGGCUGGGCCUUUUUAUCUUUGUUUCGACUGAUGACUCAGGACUCCUGGGAAACUCUGUAUAUGAAGACCCUACGUGCUUCAGGAAAAACCUACAUGAUCUUCUUUGUGCUGGUGAUAUUUCUGGGCUCCUUCUAUUUGGUGAAUCUAAUUCUGGCAGUGGUUGCUAUGGCUUAUGAAGAGCAAAAUCAGGCAACUUUACAAGAAGAUCAGCAGAAAUGUGAGGAGUUUAAGAAAAUGAUGGAAACAUUGAAAAAACAGCAAGAGGAUGCUCAGGCUGCAGCAGAUGCACCUGUAGAAUCAGAUGGAAGUGAAGAUGGUGAACUGGAUGAUCUAUCUGUGAGUUCAUCUACAAUAUCAAAAAGGGAUGACGAAGACAGAAUGAACCCUGGGGAAGUGGCCAAAGAAAUGCAGACACGGUCCAGUAUCCAUAUGAGCAGCGCUUUUAGCUUCAGAUAUCACGGCAAGGAUGGAGGGUCAGAGAAUGAUUUUGCUGAUGAUGAGCAUAGUACUUUUGAGGAUAAUGACAGUAGAAGGGACCUUUCUCUGUCUGUGCCCGGGAGGACAAAUCGGCUCAAUAGCAAUCUUAGCCAGACCAGUCCAUCUCUCAGGAAUGGUAAAAUGCACAGUACUGUGGACUGUAACGGAGUUGUUUCAUUGGUCAGUGGUUCAUUUGCACGGGCUGAACUUCUUCCAGAGGGAACAGAAACAGAGGCAAAUAGAAGAAGGCUAAGCUCAUACAAGCUCUCAGUGGAAAUGAUGGAAGGUCUGACUGUUAGACAAAGGGCUCAAAGUAUUGCUACUGUUUUAACAACUGCAAUGGAAGAACUUGAAGACUCAAGACAAAAGAAGUGUUCUCCCCGUUGGUAUAGAUUUGCUAAGUGCUUUUUAAUUUGGGACUGCUGUGAUCUAUGGCUGAGGUUUAAAGAUAUUGUAAAGCUAAUUGUGAAGGACCCAUUUGUAGACCUUGCUAUUACAAUCUGCAUUGUUCUGAAUACUAUUUUCAUGGCCAUGGAACAUGCCAACAUGUCUACUGAAUUUGAAAAUGUUCUUUCUGUCGGAAAUCUGGUUUUUACAGGAAUUUUCACAUCAGAAAUGGUAUUUAAGCUGAUUGCACUGCAUCCAUACUAUUAUUUCCAGGAAGGCUGGAAUAUAUUUGAUGGAAUUAUUGUGGGUCUUAGUUUAAUGGAACUUGGAGUUUCAUCGGGAGGAGGUUUCAGUGUCCUUCGAUCCUUUAGACUGCUUCGUGUCUUCAAGUUGGCAAAAUCAUGGCCUACCCUGAACAUGCUGAUCAAGAUCAUCGGUAACUCUAUUGGAGCAUUGGGAAACCUGACCUUGGUGUUGGCCAUCAUCGUGUUUAUCUUUGCCGUAGUCGGCAUGCAGCUGUUUGGUAAAAAUUACAAGGAAUGUGUCUGCAAAAUCUCUGAAGAAUGCAAACUUCCCCGCUGGCACAUGAAUGACUUCUUUCACUCCUUCCUGAUUGUGUUCCGAGUACUAUGUGGAGAAUGGAUCGAGAACAUGUGGGACUGUAUGGAGGUGGCGGGACAAUCUAUGUGCAUCCUGGUAUUCAUGUUGGUGAUGGUCAUUGGAAAUCUUGUGGUGCUAAACUUGUUCUUGGCCUUGCUCCUAAGCUCCUUUAGCUCUGACAAUCUUUGUGCAACUGAAGAGGAUGCUGAACUCAAUCAUCUUCAGAUCGCAUUCGGUAGAAUCCGGAGGGGCCUGGCUUACGCUAAAAAGUGCUUGCAAGAAUUUUUCCAAAAAUUGCUUCUGAACACUAAAGAUGAUGUGGAUAACGCAAAACCACACGGAGACAUGACAAUUAAGUAUGAUAAUGGAAUUUAUACAAAUGUGGAAGUACAGAACAAUAAAAACCGAGAUCCUGGUAUAGUUAUAAGUGGAACUAGUGGUGUAGGCAAUAUUAUUGAAAUUAAAGUUCCUAUGGCUGAUAGCACCAAACAGUGCCUCAUCAAUGCAGUGCCUAUUGCAGUUGGAGAGUCUGACUUGGAAAAACAAGCCUCUGAAGACUCUGGGAGUGACUCUGACACUGAAGAUAAAGAGAAGGAAAAGCGUUCUAUUUCCAGUUCCUCGGAAGGCAGUACAGUAGAGGUCAGACUACCGGGAAUGGAGAGAGAAGACGAUCUCUUCGGCUUUGACUAUGAGGAAUCUCUUGAUCCGGAACCAUGCUUUACAGACGGCUGCGUGAAGACAUUUGCAUGCUGCCAAAUAAAUGUUGAAGAGGGAAGAGGGAAAAUGUGGUGGAAUCUCAGAAAAACCUGCUACCUUAUUGUUGAACACAGCUGGUUCGAAUCAUUUAUAAUCCUCAUGAUCCUACUUAGCAGCGGAGCCCUGGCAUUUGAAGAUAUUUACAUAGAAAAUCAUAAAACAAUCAGAACAGUACUGGAUUACGCUGACAAGCUCUUCACGUACAUCUUUAUCUCAGAAAUGCUUCUGAAAUGGGUGGCCUAUGGAUUUGCAGCUUAUUUCACUAACGCCUGGUGCUGCCUGGAUUUUGUGAUAGUAGACAUAUCCUUGGUUAGCCUUAUAGCCAGUGAGUUGGGACUCUCAGACUUGGGGCCGAUCAAGUCACUAAGAACAUUAAGGGCUUUGAGACCCCUGAGGGCGUUGUCUCGCUUUGAAGGAAUGAGGGUAGUUGUGAAUGCGCUGGUCGGGGCUAUUCCAUCUAUCAUGAACGUUCUGCUGGUCUGCCUUAUAUUUUGGUUGAUUUUUAGCAUCAUGGGAGUCAACCUUUUCGCAGGAAGGUUUUAUCAUUGUACUAAUACUACGUCGAAUGAAGAUUUCCUUGUCUCUGAAGUUAAUAACAUAACAGAAUGUAAGCAACUAGAAGCCCUAAACAAGAGCAUAUGGCAAAAUGUGAAGGUGAAUUUCGAUAAUGUUGGAGCAGGAUACCUUGCUUUACUUCAAGUGGCCACUUUUAAAGGAUGGAUGCCUAUUAUGUACGCAGCUGUUGAUGCAAGAGCCAAAGACGAGCAACCCAGAUAUGAGGAGAAUUACUACAUGUAUUUAUACUUUGUAGUCUUCAUAAUAUUCGGCUCCUUCUUCACCCUAAAUCUCUUCAUUGGUGUCAUUAUAGAUAACUUCAAUCAGCAGAAAAAGAAGAUAAGAGGACAAGACAUCUUUAUGACCGAGGAACAAAAGAAAUAUUACAAUGCAAUGAAGAAACUUGGAUCCAAGAAACCGCAAAAGCCAAUCCCACGACCGAAGAAUGUUUUUCAGGGAUUCGUUUUUGACAUAGUAACGAACCAAAUAUUUGAUAUCACCGUCAUGUGUCUCAUAUUCCUAAACAUGGUAACAAUGAUGAUCGAAACUGAUGACCAGAGUAAAGAAACGGAGGAGCACUUGUACUGGAUUAAUAUGGUCUUCAUCGUGCUUUUCACUGCUGAAUUCCUUCUCAAACUCUUCUCCUUGCGCCAUUAUUAUUUUACCAAUGGAUGGAACAUAUUUGACUUGGUUGUGGUCAUACUCUCGAUUGUAGGUAUGUUCCUGGCAAACAUAAUAGAAAAAUAUUUUGUUUCACCCACGUUAUUCCGAGUCAUAAGACUUGCCAGGAUUGGAAGAAUCUUGCGUCUUAUUAAAGGAGCAAAGGGGAUCCGUACUUUGCUUUUUGCUUUGAUGAUGUCACUUCCUGCUUUAUUCAAUAUUGGUCUUCUGCUCUUCCUAGUCAUGUUCAUUUACGCCAUUUUUGGAAUGUCCAAUUUUGCCUUUGUGAGGAAUGGCGGUGGCAUUGAUGACAUCUUUAACUUUAGGACAUUUGGCAACAGUAUGCUUUGCUUGUUCAUGAUCACAACAUCAGCUGGGUGGGAUCUGUUGUUGGAUCCAAAUCUAAAGACUGGAAAACCAGAUUGUAACCCUGAGUAUCAGCAUCCUGGAAGUAAUAAUGUUAAAGGUGAUUGUGGUAACUCAUCAGUUGCCAUUUUAUUUUUUGUCAGCUAUAUUAUCAUCUCAUUCCUCAUUGUGGUAAACAUGUACAUUGCUGUCAUUUUGGAAAAUUUUAGUGUUGCCACCGAAGAAAGUGCAGAACCCUUAGGAGAAGAUGACUUUGACAGGUUCUAUGAGGUUUGGGAAAAGUUUGACCCAAAGGCUACACAGUUUAUUGAGUACAGUAAACUUUUUGAUUUUGCAGAUGCACUGGAUCCACCUCUACAAGUACCAAAACCAAACCAAAUUCAACUCAUUGCGAUGGAUCUACCCAUGGUAAAUGGAGACAGAAUACACUGCCUUGACAUUCUGUUUGCUUUCACAAAGCGUGUUUUGGGUGGGGAAGCGGGUAUGGACUCUCUACGUGUAACAAUGGAAGACCGGUUUAUGGCCUCUAAUCCAUCUAAGACUCCUUAUGAGCCUAUAACAACUACCUUACGACGAAAACAGGAAGAGGUAUCUGCUGUUCUUAUACAGCGUUGCUAUAGGCGUUAUAGCUCCAGAAAAACGACUUGCCGCUUGACAGUGCCCAAUAGAAAUAAAAACAAAUGUCCUAGUAUAAUGGCAAAAAGUGAGAGAAGUAGCUCAAAAUAUGCAGAAAAUUCCAACACCAUUGAUUCAGACAUGUCCAGCUCAACUAUAUCACCCCCAUCCUAUGACAGUAUCGAGAAGACGGAUGAAAAAGACAGCGCUAAGAAGGAGGAAGAUGAUGAAGACAGAAAAAGUCAUGCAAAAUAAAUUCACGUUGAUUGUGUGAUGCACCAUUUAUAAAGAUCAUAGACUUAAAAGGUCCACAGGUGUUUGCUUGCAGACCUAUGCCAAAAUGUUUAUGAUAUGUAUGAUGUAAGUUUAGUGCCUAUAAUACUACAUGAAAAGAAGCUUUCUAUAGGAUCUACAGAAGAUCUAUAUAGACUUUUAGAGGCUCAUUUUUGUAUACAGAAGAUGAACAUUUUGAUGCAAAUCAUCCACUUAAUCUAAGGGUCUUUGGGGCUUAGGUGUCUAUAUACUCUGCUGGACAAUCACAGUGACUUCUGCUGCUUUUUUUUUACAAUGUCAUGUGACUAAUAUUCACACGAUCAUUGGAUGCAUUCAUAAGAUGUAAAAACAAAAAGUUCCAUCCCCCGCUGGUGAUGGGAUGAACUUACCACAACACUACUGAAGCUACAGAAUCUAUUUUUACCGAUUAUCUGUUUACUACGGAUGAUGUCCAAUGUUCAACAAUGUUUAUGUGCCUCCGACGUCACAAAUGGUUUUCGGUUAUUUAGCUUCAACACAAUCUACACGUUUCUGUAAAGUGCUCUUCUGUACAAAGAUAAAAGAUUAAAAAAAAAACACCAAACACACACACAUAUAGAUAUAUGUUAGGGGAUUACAAUUAUUGAACAGAUGCAGUAACAUUUUGAAAGUUCACUCUCUUCACUUAACUUUUCUACUUCUCACUGGAAGUCUUGCCAUGUUUAUUCUGGUCCUUCUAGGAGGACUACAACCGAGAAGAUUUAAGUUUUUUUUAUGUUUGUGCUUAAUUUCCACUAUGGUCCUCUUGGAGGCCUGGAAAACUACUUACUGUAAGGAGGCCAAACAUGAAGACCCACAUUUACUAAGAUUGCGGUCAGACUUGUGCCAGUGGAGAAAGCAAUAGGCAUGAUCUCCACCAAAUUUGUUAAAAGGUAUUUUAACUUUGCAAACAGGCAAAGAUAUCAAUUUAAAAAAAGAUUUUAGACAGAUAUUUGCAACAUUUUGGGUUUAGUUCUUUAACGAAUGUGACCUAUACUUCUUUGAGGUCCCACCCACAAAUUUAAUGAAAGACAAGAACAGUCACUCAUUUUUUUGUGCAAAUGACACCUAAAACUGCUGUAAAUGUAAGUCAUAGUGUCUGGCCCACUGUUCACAUUGUGGUCGGGCUGUAUGUUUAGCAUAUAAAUUGUGUACUGAAAUAAACAUCCAACGCCGGAUGUUGUUUGGGACAAAUUUUUGGUUUAAUUGCUUUGAUAAUUUUGCCUGGUCGAAUUUAGCACAAAUGUUAUCCUGUUGUGACCCUUGAAUUUGUGAUCUUGUGAGGACACUGGGGGAAAUUUUUCAAAAUUUGUGCGGAGGAAAAGUUGACCAGUUUCCCAUAGCAACCAAAUCAGAUUGUUUCUUUUAUUUUUCAGAGGCAUUUUUAAAAAUGCAAGAAGUGAUCUGAUUGGUUUCUAUGGGAAACUGGUCAGGUUUUCCCUCUGCACAGGUUUUGAUAAAUCUCCCCCAAUAUGUCUACAAUUGUAAGGUAAACAUUACUGUGCAGUAAUUUUAUUUUAUUAAUUUUUUUGCAAAAUUUUGUUUAGUCAACUACAAUUUUCAAUAUAGUUAAAAGAAAAAAACAUACAAUGUAUACCAACCAGACAUAUGCCACAGGACACUCAUUUUGUAUCAGCAUGGCCAACAGAACUUUCUGGGCAUGUACAUGCACUUCUCAGUAUACAGUAUAUACUAAAUGUACAGCCCGAACGCUGUGUGAACAGAGUCUGAGGCUGGCCAGUAAUUCCGUCCAUUUUAAGCAAAAACCAGGAGUGUAACCAACACGGAGAGAACAUAUAAAGAUUUGCACCUUUUUUUCUGUGUUUUGGGCCCACUACUAAUUUUGGCUAAAAAUAUUGCCCAAAUUACUAUGUGUGAACUCAGCCUUAGACUCUUGAACAUGUGAACAUAUCUUAUGUUUGAUAUAUUUCUUUCCUUCAGAAAGAUGCUCUUUAAGAUGUCUUGCAUGGCAAUAACAUUAUAUUAUAGGGCAUUCGUGUUUCAGAAAACUUUUUUAUUAUUAUAUUUAUUACAUAAUUUAUUCAUGUAUUAUUUUAUUUUUGUACCUUUUUUAAGUCUAUUCAGUCUUAGUUAUCACAUGUUACAGGGUGUGCAAUAAGGAAAGUGGUAUUUUGUAAAUAGAAGUUAGAAAAUGUUGGCAUCUGCUUGGCCUUUACAGCGUUCCGACACUAUUUUCCUCUGUACUUAUUUGGCAUGACAAAGGUCUGUUUCUUCUAAGAAACCAUGACAUUUUUUUUUUGACAGUCCAUGUCUGGUAAUGCAGCUCAGCCAUAUUUAAAGGAGUACUCCGCCCCUAGACAUCUUAUCCCCUAUCCAAAUGAUAAGAUGUCUGAUCACGGGGGUCCCGCUGCUGGGGCCCCCCGCAAUCUCCCUGCUGCACCCGGCGUUCGUUUAGAGCGCCAGGUGCAGCGCCAGAGGCACGUGACGGCCGUCAUGCCCCCCCCCCCAUAGACUUGCAUUUAUGGGGCGUGGCCGUGAUGUCACGAGCGUGGCGUGAGCGUGACAUCACUUGCCUCUGUCUCGCAUCACCAGUCAUCCAGCACGGAGUGAAUGUCUGUGGUGCUGCAGCGGAGAUUGUGGGGGUCCUCAGCGGCAGGACCCUCGAGGUCAGACAUCUUAUCCCGUAAGAUGUCUAGGGUUGGAGUACCUCUUUAGGUGAAUAGAGAAGAGAUGCAAUUCCAGACAAAGCACACACAGAGGAAAGUGUUCCUUUUUAAUAUUUUCCAUAAUUUUCCAUAAAAGAAA